UGUCUUCUACAGCUUGAGAAAGGUACAUUCGAUUGCCGUAAGUUUGGAUCGCGAAUAAGUGUAAAUCAGGUGCGGCGUCGGUUGACAUUCAGUUGAGUUUAAACGUUCCGUGAAGGUGGACUUAGUUUAGUGGUUCUCCCCGAAACUUGUAGCUUCUCGGACAUAAUAAUAUAAACAUUUUACAAACCGUAACCCGUUCGAGGAAUGCGCGAAAAUACUUUCAUCCAUGCUCAAUGCUGUGUACAAUAUUAGGUACUAAAACAUUUAGUGUUUUAAAAUAAGAUUUUCGCCACGGUUUCAGUGCCAAUCUUUCAGUGACUGUAUUUUUCCGGUUGAUCCCACAUUUGGUUGUAGUUUAGUGUUUUUGGAGUGUGUUCUAUUGAAGUGUUACAGACGCGUGGACAUAUCUGUUUGAUAUUUGCAAAGGCGACUUUCAAAAAGGAAUGAGAGUAGCUAUAAUGUCGUAAAUUGGCUAAAACUGUUCAACAUGCGGUGUGAUCGCUCAGCGGUUUGACGACUUGACACUCAAAUAUAAAUUGGAGUCAUUGAUUAGACCGGGCGGAUAAAAAUCGAUUCAAUAUCAUAUUACCAUUUUCUGCACACGCUUUCAUAUCGAAUAAUACAAAGAUGGUUUGGGGUGUAGCAUUGGUAAUAGUUGCGAUAAAUCUGAUGUCAGCGACUGUAAGAACAGAUUCACAGUGUGGCUUGUAUGGAACACCGCCCUGUCAAUUCGUUCCGGCCCCUCCAGGACAGACACCAUCAUGUGCUGGACCUGGAAAAACAUAUUGCGAAAAUAUCGAGCAUUACCCCACGUAUUUGAUUAAACAUCUGGUUCACAAAUGGGGCUAUGAGUCAAGGAACAUAAUCGUGGAUGAAACCGGAGACGAUUUCGAAUCGUUAAAAGUUAGACGCUUGCGACAUCCAAACAAUUUCUAUGAUCCUUCGUCGUUAUUCCAGCCACCUGGACUAGGAAAUCAAGUGGAUCAGUUCGAAGGAUACAAAUACAGCAAUCCCAAUAUCUCACCAGGAGGAUUCUCGGAAGCUGGCUCACCAGACCCCAUCUACAUCCCGAAACCCCGUGAAACAGAUUACCUGCUAUAUACCGCUUUGAGUGCAGCCACACAGUUCAAUACUAAACCAAACAACAAUAAUUACUUCAGGCCCAAAGUCUCCCAUUACAAUCAAAACCUGUGGCUGAAGCGGUUCGGUCGGGAUUUGAAUCGAGCAAAAGACCGUUACAACUCAACGCUUCUUCACGACAGCACCGAAAGGGAUUCGUUAACAGAGGGCACUAGCGUCGAGCAACGUCACCGACCGAAGCGACAAAGUGCGGGCCGAGUUACUUUAUGCCAGUCGACAUCGCAGUACAUAACACCGCAAGCUGCCUUGAACAGUAAAGGCAAUUGGAUGUAUGUCGUGAAUGAGGCGAACACAGCGAGGCAGUUGGUGAAAACAGAAACAUGCGCGUCAUCACAAUGCUCAAACCUGUGCCAGUUACCAAUCGGCUACAACUCCCGAUGCGAGCAGAAAUACGUUCAAAAACGACUGGUUGCGUUAAACGCAGACGGUCAGAAUUUGUACACGGACACCUUUUGGUUUCCGAGUUGUUGCAAGUGCUAGGAUAUAUCGAUAAAAUCAGUCGAUCAAACUUUGCAAGAAACAAACAAUGAAAUAAGAAUAUCGUGUCCAACGUUGUUGUUACCUUUUUAAUAAAACAAACACAAAAUGUACGCACCGAAAAAGGUUUUGUAUAAAUCAAUGGUACUAGAUCUCGACUUAUCAUCACAUCCCAUGUUUUGGCUAUGUUUUUCCUACUUCUUCUUACCAGUGAUCUGCGAAUGUUCUGCAGGUUUUGAAUGAACUUUUCGUUAGUAUUAUUCUCGAUUCAUCCGUUCAUUGUAUGACUUAGUUUCUAUCCAGUUUUCAUGGAGUUCAUUUUGCAUUGCUGAUAAACUUUUUCCAUUGCCUAAUAUUAUCAGUAUUCUUUCGAGUCGAUUUUGGUGUUCCGCUGGUCCAUACAAUUCCUUUUGUUUUAUUUUUAUAUUUUAAAAUAUUUAAAGUCGUAGCGAAUCUAGUUUAAGUGCUUUCUUGCCUUAUCACAUCUCAUCGGAACCUUUCAAUCUUCCCCUCGAUUCACUUUCCUAAGAUAUUACACAACACAUUUGUUUUCAUAAUUAUAUUUAAAUCUUUUGUAAUAAUUUCAGUUCAACCGUAUUCCAAUAAUCCAGUUAUUUAAGAGAUUACCUAGUGCAAGAGUUUUUUUUUUGAAUACUAUUGUAUAACAAACACCAUUUUAUAAAACGUUUUAUAGUUUGUUAAAUU